CAGCGCGGUGGCCGGACGAGCUCGGGCGAGACCCCCGGCCGGGGAGCGACCCCCGCCCCCUCCCCAGGACUCUCCCGCUGCCCCGGUCCGGGCCGCCUGGGAGCGGAGGAGGGGUGGCCGGGAUGCGGGCGGCCGCAGUGCCUUUGCCGGACGGAGGCGCCUGCUCUGCACACCCUGGCCAGGCUCCCGCCAGGGCCACCGCCGAAGCCUGAGCCGGUGCCUUUUCUCUGGAAAUGGACGUGCCCAGGGCGCCCCCUGGUGGCCUCUGGAGCUGAGCCUCGGCGAGCCCCCCCCAUGGCGGCCGCGCUCCCGCCCGGGAAUGAGACCCUGCACCAGCACUACAGCUAUGUGGGCAAGCUGGAGGGCCGGCUGCAGGAAGCCCCCGACGGCAGCGUGCCGACCACCGCGCUGCUGCUGGCCGUGUGCAGCCUCAUCGUGCUGGAGAACCUGAUGGUGCUGAUCGCCAUCUGGAGGAACAACAGGUUCCACAACCGAAUGUACUUCUUCAUCGGCAACCUGGCCCUCUGCGACCUGCUGGCCGGCGUCGCCUACAAGGUCAACAUCCUGAUGUCGGGCAGGAGGACGCUGAGCCUGUCGCCGACCGUCUGGUUCCUGCGGGAGGGCAGCAUGUUCGUGGCCCUCGGGGCGUCCACCUGCAGCUUGCUGGCCAUCGCCAUCGAGCGACACCUGACCAUGAUCAAGAUGCGGCCCUACGACGCCAACAAGAAGCACCGCGUGUUUCUUCUGAUCGGGAUGUGCUGGCUGGUGGCGCUGUCGCUGGGCGCCUUGCCCAUCCUGGGCUGGAACUGCCUGCGGGACCUGCCGGACUGCUCCACCAUCCUGCCCCUCUACUCCAAGAAGUACAUCGCCUUCUGCGUCAGCGUCUUCACGGCCAUCCUGGCGGCCAUCGUCAUCCUGUACGCCCGCAUCUACAUCCUGGUGAAGUCCAGCAGCCGCAGGGUCACCAGCCCCCACACCUCGGAGCGCUCCAUGGCCCUGCUGCGGACCGUGGUCAUCGUGGUGAGCGUCUUCAUCGCCUGCUGGUCACCGCUCUUCAUCCUCUUCCUCGUCGACGUGGCCUGCAGGGUCAAGGAGUGCGCUGUCCUGUUCAAGGCCCAGUGGUUCAUCGUGCUGGCCGUGCUCAACUCCGCCAUGAACCCUGUCAUCUACACGCUGGCCAGCAAGGAGAUGCGGCGGGCCUUCUUCCGGCUGGUGUGCACCUGCCUGGCCCGGGGCCGCGGCGCCCGCUCCUCGCCCACCCAGCCCGCCCUGGACCCCAGCAGAAGCAAGUCCAGUGGCAGCAACAACAGCAGCCCUUCACCAAAGAGCAAGGAAGACCCCCCCCAGAGAGCUGCCUCCCCCAGCAUAACCGACAGAAACACCCCUCUGCAGAACGGGGUUCUCUGCAAGUGAGGGCGCCUGCCUCUGGGAACGCGGGAGGGGAGGCCCGGGCUCUGUGGCCACGGCUGCACUUCCUGCACACCUCGCCCGGGAGCUCCAGAGCAGGGACUCAGGAGACCUAUCUGCCAACAGCCUGCACGGCAUGGAUGUCACGUGAAGGAGGAGACCCAAGGACUCGCCAGCGUGUUUCAUGGUGGACCGCGUGCUCUGUCUGUUUCGGCUCCGGAGUCUUCCAAACGCAGCACGCUGCCGACGGUAUCUGCUGCCUCCCCGUGGACCCCACUGGCUGCUCCCGCGGGGCCUGGACAGGGAAGGUCGUGGGACCCACAGUGUGUGGUGUGUUUCUCAGAUCGUGGCGAUGAUGUUUGGUGACUUCACGCUACACUGUGCAUGGGGUGGAUGCCUGUGUGUCCGUUUCUGUUACACACACUUGUGUGAGCACUUGUGUCUUGUACGUCUGCCAUUGGUACAUGGCACCAGCUUACACCAGUCAACGGCAGUAUGUGACACAGCUCAAUCACAGGAAGUCCAAGUAUGUCCUGAUAGAGCCGCUGGUGUAAGGACAUGGAUGGAAACCCGGUGGACACGGCAGCCCCGGGCUCCAGACUGACAUGGAGUCUUGUGCCCAGCAGCCUUUGAAGGCCUGACUGCCCGGAGACGUGUGGUCCCAGGCAGGUCUCAGAAGUGUGGUCUGAAGGGUCCUGGGAGAUCGGGUGAUCUGGUGUUCUCUGGGAGCCCUGUCCCUGUUUCUCUUCGGUCCUGUGUCCCUGCACAUCCAAACCCACGUGCACCGAAUUCCCUGAUUGUCUGGGGCUCCUGCAGAUCACAGAAGAGCCAGUGUCUCCCAGGAGCCCGUCCCCAGACCAACCAAGAAAGGGACCCACGAGGGAGAAGCAGAGGACAGACACCCUGGCCUGAAGCAGAAGCAGUGGGCUGUUUAAUGCAGUGGAACGGUCGUGCUGAGUCAGGGGAGGCUUCCAGGGCUGGGCCGGGUCUCGUUCUCUCCGAUCAGGAAAGCCCGGAGGCAGCCGCCCGGUGCUCUCUCGGCAGAGCAGCCGGGGCGCCCGCGGUCUCCACACGCCCCAGAGCGAGCCUGACGGCGACCCGUCGGGAGUGCAUGUGUGUGCACCCUCCGGGGGAUGUGAGGAUGCUUGUCUUCCCCGCUGCCUGGGCUGCCCCUCCUCCCUGGUGACCGCGUGAGGGGAUGACUUAGGUGUCUCCGUGCGCCCCCCGCCCCAAGGAGCCCACCCGCAGGACAAACGUGUGCGCGUUUGCAAAGAUCUCAUAACCACAGGCUUCUUGGGAAAAACAAAACCGAGCCGCCUUCAGAAGGACCCUUAGUCGGGCGAGCCCACGUCAGAGCCCCAGGGGCUUGUCAGGUUCGCGGGGGGUUUCCGCCAAGUAAGACUCAGUCUCAACCCAGUAACAGUCUCGAAGAGAAGCUGGUCCUGACGUGUUAGCCAACGCAUGUUCCGCGUCCCGUGGGUCCCGGGUGGUCUUGUGCGCUGACCAGACUGUCCUCGUUUCUGAUACCGGCGAGAGAAAUUGUACUUAUAAGGGGACGUCCUCGGUGGCAUUUUUGGUGGCUUCUUUACAUCACUGAAAAGGGGCUGCUUUCUGAACUCAGAAAGCAUUUCUAGAAAAGUCAAGCAUUGAGGUACCGCGUUGAAAAAAUGAAGCAGUGUUUCUGAGAGCCGAAGUGUCGGGCGUUGGUGCCCGCCAGGUGACCACACGACUUCAGGACCUGGUACCCUGGCUCUGAGGGGCGUUGGGGGCCUCAUCUCUGGUGCUGCUAUUAGUGACAGUCGCUCUACAGUCCCGUUGAGGGAAGGCGGAACUUGCAAGCAGUCUGAAUGAGUUUGCUUGACGGAGGUAGCACGUGAUGAACUGUAAGACCAGCGUCCACAGCCCUCGGCAGCCCCUCGGGCGCGUGCAGGAGUUGAGCGUCAAGGCCACAAAGAACUGGCACUAGAUCUUGCUCAAUUAGUAACCUUUGCCAUGUCCCAUGUGUUUGUUAAAAAAAAUAAAACCAAAA